AUGGGCAUCAACGGCGCUCUCCUCUUCCGGCAGCAUCAGGAGCCGGCAUGGUUCGUCUCCUUUGCCAUCCUCGGCGCUGCCUACGUCUUCGCCGUCUUCUUCCGGCUCCUGGCCCACCUCGCGCUCCUGCUGCGCCGCCCCACGGACCUCCGUCGCCGAUACGGCGCCUGGGCCGUGGUCACCGGCCCGACGUCCGGCAUCGGCCGCUCCGUCGCCCUGGAGCUCGCCCGCCGGGGCCUCAACCUCGUCCUCGUCGGCCGCGACCCCGCCAAGCUCCACGACAUCUCCGAGACAAUCUCCACCACCCAUGGCGUUGACGCCAAGACCGUCGUGCUUGACCUCGCCCUCGUCACCACCCCACAAGGCGACGCGGCGCUGGGGCGGCUCCGGGAGGCUGUGGAGGGGCUGGACGUCGGGGUGCUGGUGAACAACGCCGGUCUUGCAAAGCCGUGCGCGGUGUACCUGCACGAGGUAGACGUGGAUGCGUGGGUCAGGAUGAUCCGGGUGAACCUGUGGGCGCUCACGGAGGUGACAGCCGCGGUGCUGCCGGGGAUGGUGGAGCGGGGCAGGGGCGCCGUCGUCAACAUCGGCUCCGGGUCCAGCGAGGCCAUCCCGUCGUUCCCGCUCUACUCCGUCUACGCCGCCUCCAAACGGUACGUUGCUCAGUUCUCCCGGAGCCUUUACGUCGAGUACAGAAGCAAAGGGAUCGAUGUGCAAUGCCAGGUCCCUCUAUUCGUGGAUACGAAGAUGACGGCAGGUGUGGGGGGAUCAAGGAAGCGGCAAGGCCUCCUGUCACAUCUGACGGUGCCUACUUCAGACGCGUACGCCGGCGCGGCGGCACGCUGGAUCGGGCAUGGCCAAGUCUGCAUACCCAACCUCGGCCACCGGCUCCAAUGGUGCCUCUGUCGCGUCAUGCCGGACCACCUCCUUGACGUGCUACGGCUCCGCAAAAACCUCCGGCAGCGGGCACUCUUCCAGCAGCUUCGGUCGGUGAGGGUCAAAGGUGGCCUAACGGGCAGCGAACAAAGCUAG